AAAACUGCCUGGCGGAAAGCUGGCCCAGAAGCUUCCACCCCAGUGCGCAGACGAGGCGCACCGGUCCCCAGCCCCUGCGAGCGCCCGCCGCCGCCGCCGCCGCCGCGUCCUGCCUACCUGCCCGCCUGCCCAGGUGCGACCGCGCCCUCGCGCGCCCACCUGGGCGUCGUGCAGGCAACCCCGUCGUUGUCAGCAGCAUCGCUGCAGACCCUGCCGCUCCAAAGCAGCGGGCCACACAUCUCAUCCGCUGAGCUGAGAACAGCAACUUGUCCGUCUAUUGGGGAGAAUCUUCUCCGACCUCUGAGAAGGAAAGAUGUCGUCGGAUGGGUAUUCCGCAGACAAGAAUUUCUGCUAUCUCAUUUCGUGUUUCAGGGCCCGAGUGAAAAUGUACAUCCAGGUGGAGCCAGUACUGGACUACCUGACCUUUCUACCUGCAGAGGUGAAAGAGCAGAUUCAGAGGACGGCCGCCACCACCGGGAACAUGCAGGCAGCUGAUCUGCUUCUGAACACCUUGGAGAAGGGGGUCUGGCCCCUCGGCUGGACUAGGAUGUUUGUGGACGCCCUCCGGCUAGCAGGCAACCCCUUAGCCGCCCGCUACGUGAACCCUGAGCUCACAGACUUGCCCUCUCCAUCCUUUGAGAAUGCUCACGAUGAGUGUCUCCAAUUGCUGAACCUCCUUCAGCCCACACUGGUGGACAAGCUUCUGGUUACAGAUGUCUUGGAUAGAUGUGUGAUGGAAGAGCUGUUGACAGUUGAAGACAGAAAUCGGGUUUCUGCUGCAGAAAAUAAUGGAAAUGAAGCAGGGGUAAGAGAGCUACUGAAAAGGAUCGUGCAGAAAGAAAACUGGUUUUCUACGUUUGUGACUGUGCUGAGGGAAACAGGAAACGAUGCGCUUGCCCAGGAGUUAACAGGCACCGAUUGCUAUGAAAGCAAUGCAGAGUCUGAGAAUCUAUCGCCAGAAGAUGGUCCUGAGGUCAAAGAGCCCCUCCUUUUAGCCACAGAUCAGCCCAGUCUGGAGGCCUGGGACAUAGAGAAUAAUUCAUUGGAACCGUCUUUUGCAGAUUCUUCUGUAGCUUCAGAAUCAGACACAAGUUUGGCAGAAGGAAGUGUCAGCUGCUUAGAUGAAAGUCUUGGACAUAACAGCAACAUGGGCAGUGAUUCAGGCGCCAUGGGAAAUGAUUCAGAUGAAGAGAAUGCGGUACCAAGAGCAUCCCCUGAGCCAGAAAUGCAUCUCAGGCCUUACCAACUGGAAGUGGCCCAGCCAGCCUUGGAGGGGAAGAAUAGCAUUAUAUGCCUCCCUACAGGGAGUGGGAAAACCAGAGUGGCCGUUUACAUUGCCAAGGAUCACUUGGACAAGAAGAAAAAAGCAUCUGAACUUGGAAAAGUUAUAGUCCUUGUCAAUAAGGUACCAUUAGUUGAACAGCUCUUCCGCAAAGAGUUCGAACCAUUUUUGAAGAAAUGGUAUCAUGUUACUAGAUUAAGUGGUGAUACCCAAUUGAAAAUAACAUUUCCAGAAGUUGUCAAGUCUCAUGAUGUUAUUAUCAGUACAGCUCAAAUCCUUGAAAACUCCCUUUUAAACUUAGAAGAAGGCGAAGAUGAUGGUGUACAGUUGUCAGACUUUUCUCUCAUCAUUAUUGAUGAAUGCCAUCACACCAACAAAGAAGAAGUCUAUAAUAACAUCAUGAGGCGUUAUUUGAACCAGAAGUUGAAAAACAACAGACUUGAGAAAGAAGACAAACCAGUGAUUCCCUUACCUCAGAUACUGGGACUGACAGCAUCGCCAGGUGUUGGAGGGGCCAGAAAGCAAGCCAAAGCUGAAGAACACAUUUUAAAAAUAUGUGCCAAUCUUGAUGCAUUUACCAUUAAAACCGUGAAAGAAAAUACGGAUCAACUUAAAGACCAAAUAAAGGAGCCAUGUAAAAAGUUCGUAAUCGCAGAUGACACCAAAGAAGAUCCAUUUAAAGAUAAACUUCUAGAAAUAAUGACAAAGAUUCAAAGUUUUUGCCAAAUUAGUCCAAUGUCAGAUUUUGGAACUCAACCCUAUGAACAAUGGCUCAUUCAAAUGGAAAAACAAGCUGCAAGAGAAGGAAAUCGCAAAGAUCGUGUUUGUGCAGAACAUCUGAGGAAGUACAAUGAGGCCCUACAAAUUAAUGAUACAAUCCGAAUGAUUGAUGCAUAUAAUCACCUUGAAACUUUCUACAAUGAUGAGCAAGAAAAGAAGUUUGCAGUCCUAGGAGAUGACAGUGAUGAGAGUGAUGAUGAUGGUGAUGAUGAUGAAGAUGCAGGUGAUGAAAAGAAACCUUUGAAGCUGGAUGAGACAGAUGGAUUUCUCAUGACUUUAUUUUGGGAAAAUAAGAAAAUGUUGAAAAAGCUGGCUGUAAACCCAGAACAUGAAAAUGAAAAGCUGACCAAAUUGAGAAACACCAUAAUGGAACAAUAUACAAGGGCCGAGGAAUCAGCACGAGGAAUAAUUUUCACAAAAACACGACAAAGUGCAUACGCCCUUUCCCAGUGGAUUACUGAAAAUGAAAAAUUUGCAGAAGUAGGAGUCAAAGCCCACCAUCUGAUUGGAGCUGGACACAGCAGUGAGUUCAAGCCUAUGACACAGAAUGAACAAAAAGAAGUCAUUAGUAAAUUUCGCACGGGAAAAAUAAAUCUGCUUAUCGCUACCACAGUGGCAGAAGAAGGUCUGGAUAUUAAAGAAUGUAAUAUCGUUAUCCGUUAUGGUCUCGUCACUAACGAAAUAGCCAUGGUCCAGAGUCGUGGUCGAGCCAGAGCUGACGAGAGCACCUACGUCCUGGUUGCCCAAAGAGGCUCAGGAGUUAUUGAACGUGAGACAGUUAAUGAUUUCCGAGAGAAAAUGAUGUAUAAAGCUAUAGACCGUGUUCAAAAUAUGAAACCAGAGGAGUAUGCUCGUAAGAAAUAUCUGUGAACUGCCUACUGUGUGUCAGGCAACAUUGUAGAAACAGAACAUAGUGGCAAGCAACGCAGAUAGACCCCUGCUGCAUGAAACUUAUAUUCGAGUACGUACAUGGUGAGAUUUGAGGAGGGGAAACAAUAAAUAGAAAUAAGGCAACUUAUACAUCGAAUGGAAAGAAGAGCUGGAGAAUUAGAACAGGACAAUGUGAAACAAGCUUCUAGAUGAGCACUUUAGGUUUGGUGUUUGGGAAAGGCUUCUUAGAGGGAGAGACAUUGAGGCUAGCCCUGAAUGGUAAGAAAAUACAUCAUAUAUCAUCUAGCUGCAUCUCAGUUUACUAGCAUGGAGUCAUUUGAGUUGUGAGAGGAAUGCAGUGAAGGAAGAAUGUAGUUCUACAAUAUUUCAGGAAAUCCCCCAUACCACUGAAUUAAAGACUGUAACUACUAUAAUAGCAAACAAUCCAUUUAGAAGAAAAUUCACACCCUUGCAUAUGGGUGUGAAUGUUAGUUUCUUAACAUUGGAAUUGGCUCUACCCUAAAUAGAGUUUCACAAAAGGGAUGCUUUCAAAUUGGUGUGCAUUGCUAUAACCAACUCCAAGGUUUCCUGGCCAGGUUUCUACAUGAAUUUAUAUUUUAAAACCCCUUUAAAUAUAAGGCAAACCAAACAUUUUGUGGCGUCAGAUCAAACAUUUGUGGCCAUAUAAUACCCCUGGAAAGUUAUUGUUUUACAUUUAAAGUCCUAAAUAAAUCAGUCAAGUGGGAUGUUUUCAAAGGUUGAUAUUUCAAGACCUGUUGUUCUGUAUAAACUCUAGAACCAUCUCUGGAGUUUAUGAGUCACAUUUUUCCAGAUAAUCUCUAGAAAAAGACCCAGUCCCUUUGGGGGCCCUGGAAUGGACUACAUUUUUAGGUCUCCUUUGGCUAAGAGACCUACUCUCCUGAAACUACUCCAGGUAGACAACCCCAGAGAAGGGAUGGCAAUGGCGUGGGGUAUAUGCCACCACUACUCUGUACAAAGCCCCCAGCACCCAUUGCCACCAGGUCAAAGAACUCCUUUCUUCUGAUUUAAGAACUUCCUCAACACAACUUUCAGCAACCACUAAUCAAUGGUGAGAGUUGACACAUAAGGGGAGGUUUAUUUUCCAUGUCCUAUACUGAGUUUAUACAUAACCAAAAGCUUCUUCAAUCAAAUCAGACUUCUGGGAGCAAGUUGAAGGUGUUAAACAUGUUCCCUGGCCUUCACCCAACAACAUUUGCCACAUUUUUACAUUUUAUUUGGGCUUUGAUCAUAGCUGUGCCUCCCAUAUAUUUGUUAUGAUUUAUUUUCUCUUUUUGCCCCUCUAAUUGUUUCAUAUUCUUUACUAGUUUAGAGCUACUCUUUUGGUUUCCGGUGUCCUGAUUACAUUUCCAAACACUGACCUCGGUUUUGCUGCCUUUUUUUCUGUCAAGCUCAUAGUUGUUUCUUAGUUGCCCACAUGUAUCUGUUCCUGUAUGCCAAAUCAUCUUUGCACCAGCUCCCUGACCUGUAAAUAGCUUGCAAGAACAACCUAAUUAAACUUUUAAAGAACAGAAUACUUCAAUUCAUUACACUGUUAUAAUUUACAUGGGAAAUUAGUCUUCAUACUUGUCUGAUUAAACUAUGUCAUAGCCUGCAGGCUCACUUGCAAGGUUUUGUUCUCUUUUCUGUGCUAAAUAUGGCUGCCUCAAAUCAUGGUCUAAAACACAGAGGCGAGAGCCAAAGAGAAGGGCCAUUCAGCUUUGCUCCUCAGCACUGGUAGUUUACUUUUACUGAAAACUUUCCUUCGAUCUUAAGGAAAACAAUGGCUUCCUCCACAACUUAAUAUAAAUUUGUCAUCUCUGAGAGGUUUAGUUUGGAGGUAAAUUAUUUAAGAGCUAGGUUUUCUAUUGUGAAAUUGUAUAGGUAUGAGAAAUGGCCAGUCCCUACCUCAGGUUUUAUAUCUCUCACAACCUAUAUUUUCUCUGUUAUGAAAUAUUGAUAAGUUUCUCUACUAGCCACAGAAUGGGGGAUAGAAAAAUUUAAGGACUUAUUCUCUCAUAUAAAGAAUGUGGGCAGUGGGCAAUCUAGACCCAUACAAUCGCUCCAUGACGUCAUGAGGAAGCCAAAACUCCUCUCUCUCUCUUCUCUGCCCUUUUAUUAUUUGGCUUCCAUUCUCAAGGUCAAAGCUUUUAGAAUUUCAGCUGCUGCAUGUUCACUCUAAGAAGGAAGGAAGAGGAAGAUGGAAAAGGCAACAGUGCCCAUGCCAACUAUCUGAUACUUAAGGAACUUUCCUGGAAAUUUCACUCAACAUCUUAUGUCUCAAAGGCCACUGGCUUGGAAAUGUCCUCAUUUAGCUGGCAUAUUUCCACUCAGAAUAAAAUUAUAGUUCUGUUCCUAUGAAGAAUGGCUGCUGAGUGGGAAACUAGUAUUUUCUGUCACAAAUGUAUAGAGGAGAUAAAGAUAGCUAAGAGUCUGGAAAUUACAACAUAUGAAGAAAAAUGAAAGAAACCGGGGGCUUAUCAUGGAUAAGAAACGACUAAGGGUGAUGAAGUAACAGUGUUUAGUUCUUUAAAGAGACUCCACGUGGAAGAAGAAUUAGACUUAUUUUAUGAGACAGAAUUAAAACUAACGGAGGUGGGGCUUAGAGGGAUUUUUUUUUUUUUAAUAUUGCCAAAGACUUUCUCACAACAGAACUUUUCUAAAAUGGAAUGGGCUGUGUUCUGAACACCUGAGGAUUCCAUAUUUCUGUGAUUACAGGAGAAGAUUCUAUACUAAAUUCUUUGGGGACCAUCACCUCAUUACUUCUAUUUCUAGACCAAGUAUAGAAUUUCAUGAGUCAAGUGUACAUUUUCAUAACUGUCUAAGAUCUCUGAAUUCCAGGAGACUUACUUCAGUGAAACUAUGAAAAAGACCACAUUGAAUAUUCUUUUCUU